CAAAUAAUAUUUGGGCGGGAAGGGAACCACAAACUGUCGUCUCUUGUUUGAAAACAGCAGGCGCACAGCCAUUGGCCGACUGUUAUUAGGACAAAAAACCAAUCGAAUGUCUCUGAAGCUACACCAUCCAAUGAAUGCAUGGCAGCCCUAGGCUUAAAUAUGCUGUUCAAACGAACCAUUCAUUCAUUCUUUUUUUGCUUUUCAAAGCAGUAAGUAAACUCAUUAGAAAUAAUGGCAAGAACAAAGCAGACCGCUCGCAAGUCUACUGGAGGAAAAGCCCCGAGGAAGCAGCUGGCUACUAAAGCUGCUCGUAAGAGCGCACCAGCUACCGGUGGCGUCAAGAAGCCUCAUCGCUACAGGCCCGGUACCGUGGCACUGAGAGAGAUUCGCCGUUAUCAGAAAUCCACUGAACUGCUGAUUCGUAAACUGCCAUUCCAGCGUCUGGUGAGAGAAAUCGCUCAAGAUUUCAAGACGGAUCUUCGCUUCCAGAGCUCAGCUGUCAUGGCUCUGCAAGAGUCUAGUGAAGCUUAUUUGGUUGGUCUGUUUGAAGACACCAACUUGUGCGCCAUCCACGCCAAGAGGGUCACCAUCAUGCCCAAAGACAUUCAGCUGGCCCGCCGCAUUCGCGGAGAGCGCGCUUAAAUCCACAGCUGCAUCAGUUAUACAAUCCCAAAAGGCUCUUUUAAGAGCCACUUCAAUGUCUCUAUGAAAGAUCUGCAAGUUUGGCAGGGUGGUAAAUUUCGCAUCCCAAAUGUUAUUUGAGCGGAUCGAGGAUAUUAAAAACAACCAGCGGCAACAUUGUAAAAGUAGCCCAAUUCCGCGGGAAAACCGUGGACUUGGCAACACUGGAUAAGGCGUAACAGAUGACAUAUGCUAGAACCGCCCAUAACUAUGGUUUCAACUAGGUCCUCUGGCUAACCAUAAGAGCCUUUUCUUCGCUGUUUUCUUUAUUCGGUUUUCGCUUUGGUUGCGAAUUGACAGCGUAUAGUCAUGUCUGGAAGAGGAAAAGGCGGUAAAGGGCUGGGAAAAGGAGGCGCUAAGCGUCACCGAAAGGUUCUUCGCGAUAAUAUCCAGGGAAUCACUAAACCCGCUAUUCGUCGUCUUGCUCGCCGUGGCGGAGUCAAGCGUAUUUCUGGCCUGAUCUAUGAAGAGACUCGCGGUGUGUUGAAGGUGUUUCUGGAGAACGUCAUUCGUGAUGCUGUUACCUACACUGAA